GUCUCGCUACAAGCUUCGCUUUGACGGAAUUUGCAAUACCUUCAACCCAACUCAUCACAAUCUUCGCCGUCGCGAAUUCGCGUCGCCACCUUUCGUAGAGAAAGAAUUGUCGAUAUGCAAGGGUCUUGCAGAGUGCGAUCCAGCUGUGGCUUGAAUCGCGUGAGAAAGUGGAUGUGAUGCAUGCCUUUGCAUUGCUGUUGCUGUAUUCGAGGAAAGUAGAAAUAAACUUUGAGGAGGCAGUUAGCACCCAAUCCAUCACCCUUGCCCUCUCAUCAGACAGGCCUUCUGCCAUCCUGCUGCCCUUUCCCGCCCUCCACUCAUGCACCUUGCAUUCCCUCGCCCCUCUCUCCGCUGUCCUCCUCGCCUGCUCACUCUGGCCUUAUCCUGUACCCGGCCAGCCGCUUACAACCCAAGCACGGCACCGUCGCGGCAGCGCCUCGGCUACCAUGGUCCGUUUGGCGUAGGCGUCUCAUGGUACACCACUUCGCAGCUCACAAAUCACACCGUCCGCUACGGCUUGGAUCCGCAUACAACGAUGCUUCCGGCACACUCGAACAACAGCGUCACAUACCUGACUUCUAGCAAAUGGAAUAGCCGCCCCGUCCUCGAUGAUCUCCUGCCGAGCACCAAUUACUACCAGAGUAUCGUCAUCUCGACCGCGAACGAGACAUACCGCUUCACGACGGCAUGUCUUGCCGCUGAUCUGCGCCGAAUGACCGUUGGCCUAGUGGCUGACAUGGGCACGCUCAGAGACCUCGGUCUCAGUGAUCACUGCCGCUGUUCCAUAAAUGGUCGCGCCGAGGAAUCACGAGAGUUUGCGGCCCUGUCUCCUCUGGCACAGGCCAACUGUGAUAAUGGCUGGCAGAAGGGCUUCACCAAGUCAAACUGCCCGCAAGGCCAUACGAAUUUCACCGACUACACGAACCGCUUCCGCAUGCCUUCCGCGCCCGACGAGUCGCAGCCGGGCGCCAAGUACCACAAGGGCUCCUUUAGCGCGCCAAAUCAGCAGCUAGACUUCAUCAAGCCCGACUUGGCCAAAGUCGGUUGCCUCAGGAUGCCUUGGGUCGUCGCGGUGAAGCAGCGACCGUGGUACACGGCGGCGGACGUGUUGAGCCUAUGCACGACGCGCCAGCUAGCAUUCGAGCCACUGCCAACCCAGUACGGCGUCGACAUUGUCCUGCAGAGUCACGUACAGAUUAGCAUGCGCAUACCGCUGACCACGAACAACAAAACCGACCCUAACGGGCGGAACAACCCCUCUGCGCCGUCAUGCAUCAUCUUCGGCGCCGCAGGCCAUUUUUACUGCCUCGACGCCAUUGCACAGCACCCACCCGCGUUUGUCACGUACGCACAGCACUCGUCCUACGCCUUCAGCAGGCUCACAGGUUUCAAUCGCACGCAUUUGAUGCAUGAGUUUGCCGGCACCAUGAACAGAAAUAUCAUCGACUCCGCUGUGCUUUACAAGGAGCACUAG